AUGUUCGCUGCCCUUGCCGACCUCGAGAUCUGCACCCGCGUUGCUCCAUCAACUAUCAAGGCGUCGAUGAUCGGCCCUCUGUGCUACGAUGUCAAGGGAUGCUGCGUGGAGGAAGAGCUGACAUCGGCUGCUUCCCAGCUCGAGCCCGUUUCCUCCUCCAACACCAUGGAUGAGCGGGCGAAGCAAGGAGGGGCUAAGGUCGUUGAGGAGUAA